AUGGGGGCAGAGGGAGCCCUAGACGUCCAGGGGAAGAUCCAGGCUCUGGUCGCCGAUAAGCUCCAAGUGGUGAGUUUCUCCUCUGAAUUUUUGGUGCUCUCCCCCAGGUUGUUUGUGGCUCGUUAACGCUUAAAUGGAGCUCUGGAUGGCGGUGCCGGCUUCAUACGAGCUGGGUUGGUGUGAGGAGCUUGUUUUAGUUUCGUUAAUGGACGUAGUUUCCGUGCGGUGCACGAGUUUUCACCAUCAAUAAUGUACAUAUUUGAAGUCCAUUUUAGAUCAGCCAUUGCUGGGAGCUGGGAUUAGCGUCAGAGGUGCGCUUCUCUGUCGGAUGGGUACUUUACCCCUACGAGAGCCGUUCAAUUUCGAACGGACUUUGUUCACUUCGAAAAUGUGGCUCUCCGAUUAAUAUCGCUUUGCUGAUUUUCCAUGGGGGUGAGAGUUCGCAUAUGAAGAGAAGACAUUGGCUGGCUUGGGAGCUGUUCUGUUUGACAACCCGUAAGGGGAGUCCCUAGUUUUACCUUGCCCUUCAUUUUCCUAGAGGCCCUUCCUCAAAGGAUCAUCUUGUUUUUCAAGUUCGAAGAAAUAAUCGCUUAAUUUCUACUGUAUAAACUUGUCUGUUUGUGGCUGUGCGGCUUCUACGUAGUGAUGAUCAGCAGGUUUCAUCACACUGAACAGGUAGCUUUGUCUUCAUGUUCAUAAUAUUGAAUGUCUGAUAACUGGUAUACACAGUCCUCAAUGAAGUUCGUUUCAAGCUAGUAUUUUCGAUAUGCAUGGCUUUUGUGGAACUUCAGUUUUGUCUCAUGCGAAAUACUUGGUGGUGCUGACUGUCCGGGGCGAUCAGUGAUAUCUACGUGCCUGAAGUUCUUAGUAUUGAUAUCUCCCACCAUCUUGUUCUUCCUUGGAUUGUGUGCUUCGAGAUGGCUCCAGGAGAAUAGUUCUUUCAUUGGGUUUUCUAUUAAAAUUGUUCAAAUGUUUACCACUGUUAUCUUUCUAUGUAUGUUGGAAUAAACCAAAGGCCGUUAUUAGGUUCUUAUCUUCACGGGUUCCGGCGAUUUUUUAUUAUAUUGGUGUUACACUUGUGCUUCUUCUGUACAACCGAAGGCAAAGUACUUUGGAUUGAGAAGUCGAAGUAUUUCUUAUCCAUACUCUUUCCUGGUUUCAAGGAGCGGGUAGGAUUUGAGAUAUAUGUUUUUUAAUGCUGAAUUUUUUUAACUUUGACUCAACUUUUCAGGUUUCCUAUAAGUGGCUCAGUCGAAACUUUUCAGUGUCAUCAAACGAUGCCAAGAGGUAGUAAACUUCUCAAUUAGUGAAAAAUAGACCAUGCCUGCUGAAAUAAAGGUCCAUUUAUUGAUCACAUUUCUUCUUAUCGUUCCAGGCUACUUCAGGAGUUUGUUACCAAUCAUGGAAAGGGUCUUGAAGUGAUUUAUGCAUUGUCCGGUUGGUUAAAGGAGAAUCCUGAUGUUUACAAUAUAAGGCUUGUUUCUGGCUGUAAACUUGCAGGUCUGUGUGAUACAUAGACGAUUAGUCUUUAUUAAUCAUUAAAUUUUUUUGCGUUCUUUUCAUGCUAUUGAACUAUACUAGAUACCUGUAUUUUGUUUUCAUUAAGUUCCUUGGAUACCUUAUGGAAAGUAACUAAUGGUGGCACGAACGGUACAGCAACCUCUGUUUGAACUUCUUUUAGAUUACGAUCCUUUUAAUGGUUAACAAUAUUUCACCAUAAGCCAUAUGGAGAUCCAUCUGUGCAGAUUCUUUUGGCAUUCAAGGCCAAUGAUUUUACGCUACGUGCAGCAUAUAAUGCAAAGUGAAAAGAUAUCAGGUGCCUUCCUAGUAGGGUCCAUGGCGUUCCACAUUACAUCCACCAUGUUGGAUUACAUUUUUCACUUGUUUCUGCGUUACACUUUGGAUCAGCACUUGCGCUCAAUGGCAGUGUCAAGGUUCUCCUCAAGUGGAGAAACUUUAAAUCGUUUCACAGACGAACAAGACUUGACUACCAUAUUUAGUUGCCUAAAAUAUAUACUUUUUUCAAUAUCGAAAGUAGAUAAUUUCGUUAUUUGAUGGAUUGGACUUCUUUUUCUGUUCUUUUUUUCAACACAGGUUGCCAAACACUGCCUUGUUUAUUGGUCUAUCCAUGCCAAUUCAAAAACAAUUACUAGAUAAUUUGUAUUAUAUAUUCAAGACAUCGCAUUCAAUUAUUUUAUUCAGUACAUCUCUCCUUGUGAUUGCUUCAAUUGAAGAAAAAGAAGAUCCUCAUGUAUGAGAUAAUCUUUGUCAUCCUGUGAUAUAGUUAACAGGCACAAUGUUUGUCAAAUCAUUAGAGGAUGAUUUUAGCAUCAUCCUGUGAUUAACAGGCACAAUGUUUGCCAAUUUGACAUUCUACUCUAGUAUGAGAUUUGAAAUAUAUUACUUAAAUAAAAAAUAUUUAUUGGAGAAAUGUUAGAGGGAUGGCUAAAAUCCUCAUGUUCUUGUUUGUCCAACGUGCCAUCAUUUUUUCAUAUUGGGCUUGGCUAGAGGGAUGGACUUUGUUGAGUUGUGUGAAUAUGUAUCUUGUGCUGAUUUUGUCCAGUUCAUUGUUUUCGUUCUCUGAUUGAUGCAGAAGCUAAACAGGAUCUUAGAGGGAAAUGCUCAGUCCAUGUUUACAGUGUUCAGGCUAGCAUUCCUAAAGACCCUGCAGCUAUCUGGAACACUGAAUUCGUACAGGCAGAAGAACUUUUUGAUCAGCCCUUAACUGUGGACAACUGUUUACGUGACAACAGGUAUGCUGUGAUAUCCUCUUGGAAGGGGUUGCUUUUCUGGACGUUCCUAAGCUUCUAACAUUUAAUGGACACAUUCUUCGCCUAAGUGAAUCCCAUGCUCGGAUGCAGUGAACAGAAGAAUUUUACAGUGCUUAGUUUCUGUUAUGCUCCAUUUACGUUGAUGUGCGGCUCAAUUUUUUUCCAGGUUUUGUGGAGUUUCGAACUCUUUUGUGCAGCGUAAUGUCAACGGGAAGUCCAUUGCUAUGGAACCACCAGCGACCGAAAUUAGUGCUGGAGCUGUGCCACCUAAAACUACUGCAUCUUCCCCUCCCUUUGAAGCACAUCAACAUGGUCUAUCAAAGCAACCAGACCCAAUGUCUGGCAUUCUGUCUCCAACCGCUGCUGUUGCUAUGGAAGGCAACGAUGAUACUGUUAGUCCAAAAGUUCGUGCUGUGCCGGACAACCCCCCUUUGGGUAAAGUAAAAGAUGAUGCGUCCUUUUUUAAUAAGAAGAAAGUUGCAAACGAGAAAACCAGCCAUGGAGGUAAUGGACGAUCAUUGGCCAAUUUGUGGGGUCGUGCUUCUGCCAAAUCAAAGCCCGAGAUCCCCAAGGUUGAUGCCACCAAUGAUAUUUCAAGGGUUUCUGGUAUACAUCUUGGCUAUCCCUUGUCUUCACUUCGUUUUUAGCAAGUUGCCUGUUGAAUGCUUAAGUUGUGAUUAUUCCAUAGAUGGCAUAUAUUGUGUGAUGAUGUUUAACUACUAAUAGACAGGAGCAAAGUUGCAAUUUUUAUCAUUUCCCGAAAACAUUGCCUUGUUAUGCAUCACUUUUAUGGUUGAUGCAAUGCAGCAGCCACUUCGGAUGCCCAGAUUUCUGCUCAAGAAGCACUGGAGCCUAUCAGCAGUGACGACGAGUGGCAGAAGGCUAGCCAAAAGGAGUCGGGUGGUUCUAUCGGCAGGAAAAGGAGGGUUGUUCUUGAUUUCUCUGAUGAAGAAGAUGAAGCAAACGUUGUGAAUCUGGCCCUGCCAGAACCUUCAAGCUGCCAGUCUGAGCUUUGCCCAAAAAAGAACACCGACCUGGAAGGUAUGGGCUUUGACGGCCAGGCAGCAGAAAAGACAAGAAUUCGGGAAGAAAAGGCUUCUGUUGGCGUUUCUGGAUUGUCCUCAGAAGCUGAAGUUGGAAGAUCCAGGAAGGUUGACAUUGAUGAGGCUCAAGAUCUUGGUCCUGAAAAAUCUUCAGACAGGAACAGGGAAGAGCAAGCAACUGAUUAUGUUUCUACUUCACCAAAAAGGGCGAAGGUCUUGAAGACGAGAAUAGAUGAACGUGGAAGAGAAGGUAAAGAAAAAUAAAUGUCUGGACUGAAUGGCCUAAUAGGGAAAUAACCAUUUAAUUUCACAAAUAUCUUCACUUUUCUCGACUUAUUUGGCAUAUAAUGAUAGAUUACUUUAGCGUAUGAUUUUCUUUUUUUGCAUCUUUUCUUCGUAGUUUACAUGACAAGACAUUCCAGUUAUUUAGAAACAUUUACUGAACUUCGAUGUCCUACGAUCCGAGUGUUUUGAUCUUCAGACUCCAUGAAGCAUAUAACGAUUCAAUAGUUUUGAUAGCAUCACCGCGUGAAUUUGAUUCUCUUCUAGCAAAGGAGAUCUCGUCUCUCACUACCAUAUAUGGAAUCGUGUGUAAAUGAGAAUGUGAUGAGAGUUUCCAUUGAUUUCAGUGACCGAGGUUGUUUGGGAGGAAGACGCUGCUGAAAAGGGGAAGGCUGCCACCACCACUGCAGCUGACAACACUUCUAGAGACAGGUAUCUAUGAAUGGAGAAACUCUGGGAGUGAUGCUCUUCUUCUUCGUAUAAAUCUUCCGUCAUCUGUCGUUGACUUUUUUCACACUCCAAACCUCAGUAGUUGACUUUGGAGAGUGUAGAUACAUGCAAUACAUCUGUCGCUAAUCUGAUCUCAUUUAUGAACAUCUCACUUCACUACUGUGAGUAUAGAGAGUUGAAGUGGAGAAUUCCAACUCCUUUUUUCCCAAGUAAGCAUCUUUUGAGCUUGUUUACCCGGCUGGCGUUGACUUCAGGCCACCCUCAGCUGCCAAGUCAUCGCCGCCUGCGCCACGACAUGCCCCAUCUGUACCUGCAGCCAAGGCUGGAGGUGGAAGAACAACGAAGGCAGGCGGGGCCAAGGACAAUAAGCAACCCAACAUCCUCUCGUUCUUCAAGAAGGCCUGA